AUGAUGCAGCAGCGGAGACUUGUCGAGGACAGCGUCGAGGACAGCAACGAGGACGGCGACGAGGAUUCCAACGAGAAUGCCAACGAGGAUGCAAACGAGGACACUAACGACGACGCUCCUGUUGCCCAUACUACCCAACUCAAUUUGCCCCUCGUAUUCUUACCACCGAUUGGCCGCGAGCUUCACUCUAUCUGUUUCCACUCUCCUGACGCCUUCACCUUCGUCUGCGUCUGA